AACAUCGGUUUCACAAACUACUCUGUACUGUAGUAGAGAAAAAGAAAGAAAGCAUAGUCCAAAAAUGGGCAGAAGUCCUAAUUUUCCAAAGGAAGGACUUAGCAGAGGAAGUUGGUCUACCGAAGAGGACCAUCUUCUUAGGGAAUACGUUAGAAUUCAUGGUGAAGGCAAAUGGGGCAAAGUUGCCAAGGAAACAGGUCUUAAGAGAUGUGGCAAAAGUUGCAGGCUUCGCUGGUUAAAUUAUCUUAGACCAGAUAUUAAAAGAGGCAAUAUUACAGAAGAUGAAGAAGAUUUAAUUUUCAGACUCCAUAAGCUUUUAGGCAACAGAUGGUCUUUAAUAGCAGGAAGGCUUCCAGGCCGAACAGACAAUGAGAUAAAGAACUAUUGGAAUUCAACCUUGAAGAAAAAGAUUGAUAAAAAGCAGCACAAAAAGAAAAUAGUAAAUGCUGAUAUUGCAGUAAAAACCACUAUCUCCAGUCAUGAAUCCCCACAGGUUAAGAAUGUGAUAGAAGAAUCUGAUCCAUCAGAUGACGGACUUUUGCCAAGUACUUGUGAUUGGGAGAUGAUGACUGUGGAUAUUAACGGGGAACAGAUUAACUUAUCUGAUUUCCUCCAAACAGAAGAUUUCUCCAAUAUUAUUUUACCUGCAACUCAUGAGGGCGAAGCUGAUUUCUUCUCCGAAGCUAUCCUGAAGGAUUGGACUGGCAAGGAAUUAUUUCCUCUGGAUCCUUAAUUAGCAAUUAUUUGUAGAUUAAUCUUCUUGAUCCUUUCCCCCGUUUAACUGUAGUUUAUAAGAUUAAUAAAAUUUCUUGUGUACCAUAGUCAAACUGGUUUGCGUUAGUUUUAAACGCAAGGGAAACUUUUCCGUCCAGACUCGUACACGACAAAGAAUAAAAGGAAAACUUCUCAUCUUCUUUUGU